GCGUAACGGUAAACCGUGACGUUAGCCAGCUAGCCUUAGCAUGCUAGGCUAAUUUAAACGGCAAAUAAAGACUCGGGUUAGUCGGGUUUCCGCUAUAGACCGAUUGCGGAGCCGCUGCUAACGAAGAGGAGGGGAGAUUUAAAGAUGACAUGAAACGAUGUGCGGGUUUAUUUUUGAUUCGGAGCGGAUUAUAAAUGAACCUAGCUGGCUAGUUAGCAUGUUGUCAGGCUAAGGUCAAGAAGCCGGCCAGUCUUGACAGCUAAGGCUAAAUAACAUGGUACCCGCCCGGGUCUAGAAACGUUGGCACACGCAGGGUAUCACCGGAGACUGGGCUGCUGCCGUUUUCAGCAUUAAGAGGGAGUGGUGAUCCUACCGAACUGACACCCUGCUUUUCCUGCCAUCUCCCCGUCUCUACUACCCAGCCCCCCGUCCCGAUUUGGUGUCAGUGCUGCCGGCGGUGGAUUGGAGCACUCUGAUUGGAGGCUUUGCGAGGUGGUUUUUCGGUCUGGCGCCGCCUCCCCCCGGGGCCGGCGUGCGCUCCCAGCAGCCCGUGGUGCCCUGUGCCCCCUCCUCCCCGUCACUGCACACCAGAGCCCAUGCCCAGGGAGGAGGCGCGGUGCGUCCGCCAGGAGCCAUGUGCCUCCCUCACACCAACAACAUGGACAGCAAGCUACAGGGGGCGGGGACAGGGGGAGGGGCUUCACUUCGACAGCGAGCAGGAGGGGUUCCACUGGAGCCCUUCAUACACCAGGUGGGGGGUCACACCAGUAUGAUGCGUUACGAUGAUCACACUGUGUGUAAACCUCUGAUCAGCAGAGAGCAGCGCUUCUACGAAUCUCUGCCUCCAGAGAUGAAGGAGUUCUCUCCAGAGUAUAAAGGUGUGGUGCUGGUGUGUUUUGAAGGUGACUCCGACGGCUACAUCAACCUGGUGGCCUACCCCUACGUGGAGAGCAACACGGAGGGGGGAACUGGAGAGCACGAGGACCGCGACCCCCCAGAGAGGGAACAGCCAAGGAGGAAACACUCGCGCAGGAGCCUCCAUCGCUCCUCCUCCUCCUCUGAACACAAGGAGGAGCGGUCAGACCGGAGGGAGCCGCACGACACCGAGAACUCUGACAAUCUUGGAGAGCUGAAGAGUCCCCGACUCGACCCAAAGAUCCUCUCGGACGUUCCUUUCCAGAUGCUGGACUGGAACAGUGGUUUGACAUCAGAGAAGAUCAGCCACAAUCCCUGGAGCCUCCGCUGCCACAAACAGCAGCUGAGCCGCAUGAGGUCCGAAUCUAAGGACCGUAAACUCUUCAAGUUCCUGUUGCUGGAGAAUGUGGUUCAUCACUUCUCUUACCCCUGCAUCCUGGACCUGAAGAUGGGCACCAGGCAGCACGGGGACGAUGCCUCCGAGGAGAAGGCGGCCAGACAGAUGAAGAAAUGUGAACAGAGUACUUCAGCAACGCUGGGGGUCAGAGUUUGUGGCAUGCAGGUGUAUCAGAUGAACACCGGCCACUACCUCUGCAGGAACAAGUACUACGGCCGCGGCCUGUCGAUCGACGGCUUCCGCCAGGCGCUCUACCAGUACAUGCACAACGGAAAGGGCCUGAGGCGGGACCUCUUUGAGCCAAUCCUGAAUAAGCUUCGCAGCCUGAAGGGGGUGCUGGAGAGACAGGCGUCCUAUCGCUUCUACUCGUCCUCGCUGCUCAUCAUCUACGAGGGAAAGGAACCUGAGGGCCCCUCGGUCCUCGGCUCAGGGCAGCAGCAGCACACAGCGUGGCAGAAGAAGACCCCUGUGGCCCCUAGUGAGCCCAACUGUGGCCCCGGGCCCUUCGCUACUGCGCCCCCUGACGCUCCUUGUGAAACGGACAUGAACCCAAACCCAGGAUCGCUGUCCUCUCAGGGACCUGGACUGAUGGCUGCGCCCGCCCCCUCCCCUCAUCCUCCCACACAAGCCCCGCCCACCAAGUCAGACUGCCACUCCUUCGCCCCUCGUCCCCCCUCACCUCACCCGCGUCCAGACUCCCCGUCCCCGGCCCCCAGUUUAACUUCCAUCCCUUCUCCUGCCGCCCCCCCGCCGCCGCCGCCGCCACCGCGGCAGCCCCCCCUGGUGGACGUUCGUAUGAUCGACUUCGCCCACUCCACCUUCAAGGGUUUUCGCGGUGACACCGCAGUGCAUGAUGGGCCGGACCGGGGCUACGUGUUCGGACUGGAGAGCCUAAUCCAGAUCCUGGAGAGCCUGCGGGACGAGGAACUUCAGUAACACACACACACGCAGGUUAACUUGUGUCUUGGUGAGGACAACCCAAAGUCUAACAGGCCCUCACAAAGAUAGGCACACAGUACACACACACACACACACACACACACACACACACAGCUGGUUGUGAGUUUGUUCAGGUUGGAUCGUUCUCAAGAACUGGCUCGUCUCGGCCGCAAAUAUGGAGCAGGGUUCGCCAUGACGUCACCGUGGCACCGAGCGUCAUGCAGGGAAAUGGUUACUAUAGCGAUGGACAGGAAAUUGGACAGUGGAGACAAAGCGUCUGCUAGUUUAAGAAGGAAUUGAGAACACACACAGUUUGGACUUCUAUUCUUGUGAGGACUGAUAUAAAAGCCGCCACAAUUAAAGGCCUCAACAACGUCAACAUCAACAACAACAACAACAACAACAACAUUACCUUAUAAGGACAUUUAACCUCGUAUUCGCUGCGUUGGUCUGUAAAUUAACUCGCUCUGAGCAGCUCUCUAACCACUGUGACAUUACAGGAUGUAAGUUCUUCCCAUCGGUACCAGUUGAUGUUUUAAGAUUUUGUUGUUUCCUCUCUGUGCAGAAUGAGUUUGAUGGUGGAAAGUUGUGCUGAUGCCACUAGUGGGACCUCGGUCAGCAGCUUUGAGGCAAUUCAGAGCGGCUUCAGUAGAGGUCGGCUCCGUGCGACAGUUUGCGGCUCUUCCUAGUUUCCGAGCCUUCCAGCUAAUAGCAGCUCUACGCGUUUCCCCUUUUCGGUGAUGAAUACAGAAUACUGCCCCCUGCUGGUGUGAAGAGUUACUUGCUCUCAGGUGGGAAAACUAAUUCACUGAAAACUAAUUUCACAGUUAAAUUGGAAGCAUCUUGUUUCCAGUACAUUGAGACUAAAAACAUUUUGUCUCGGAACAGAUUUAAACUCAGACAAACGUUCCUCCUUCAGAAUUUGAAAACGUCUGCACAGUGAAGUAACAAUCAGCUCUCGUUAACGAACGUCCUCAGUCCCAAGGUCUAAACCUCCGAUCGGUCCUCACAAAGAUAGACAAGCUGGCUCAAACAUCCUGGGAACGGCUGUCUAAGGAGCUGUUUGACAGAGCGUCCUAAUCGACCAAUCAGCUGAGUCCCAGGGACCAGCCAUCACUUUACUCCUCCUCCUCACUCCAAACGUGGACGGGUGAUUGGACUCCUUCAGCGUUACCGUUGAAACGCUCUCAAACACAUCCAAGCAUCGGGUAGCGACGAGAGACGGCAUCGUCAGGAACAUGUAGACGUAGGCGUUAACGGAGAGAAUAUAGAUCCUUUUUAAAAAAUAAAAAAAACGCUGUGUGUCCAGUUUUUGAAUAAUUCAGAAACGUUAGUAGUCGUGUCCUGUGAAAAUCAUCCUCUGGGUCAUUGUGUAACGUCCGAAGUGUCACUUUCUCCAAAUCUGAUGUGGUGAUACGAAGACAUAUUUUUAUUAUUGUCAACAUGAAAAGACCAGUUUUUAACGUGUCUCUAAAAGCCCUUGUAGAUUUAAUGUCCAGAAAUGAUGACAAACACCCAAACACACUGUCCUGUUGCUGUAAAUACUCACUAGAGCAACAAAUGUGUAUCAGCCCGCCACAGAAAAUAGUCCCAAACAAAAGCUCUACUCCUGUCAGAGUCGUGUCUCUGACAGGAGGCGUCUGACCACUUCAGGAAAUUCCUUUAAGGACUUACCGUCCACGUUGUAGCUACUAAUUAGACCAAGUUUUGUCUGAACCUUCAUCUUCAUGUCAGCACAGAUGAGACGAGCUUUUAAAAAGAUGAAAACGAUGGAUCAUUUGACUUGAUCAGAAUCACUUCACAGACCUUGUUGUGUUUUUUUUAUUCAGUCACACUGUUGGAUCUUUUCAUGAGAUUUGUUGACAGUAACAAAAAUAAAGAGUAACACCGGCUUUAUUCUGUGUGUUAGGGCUGGGUGAUAUGGCUGAAAAAUAAGAAUAAUAUUUUUUAUAUAAAUUAUAUACACAUAAAUAUGGAUGUGAUAUAAAUCAUUAUUUUUUAAAAACAAACUAGAGCAAUCUAGUAUAUCUUUUAAUUUACAGCUAAUUUAUUCAGCUAUGAUUUGGAAAAUAUUCUAAAUAAAUUCUUUAAUUGUUGAAGAUUAUUUUGUAGAUAAUAAUAAUAAUAAAUUAUCGCCCAGUCCUGUCUCAAAAACAAUAUAAAUAUAAAUAUAUAUAUGAAGAGACCCAUCCUGCACCUGUCAGCAGAGUUGGACACAGUGUGUCUCCUCUGAUUGGCCCAGAUAUGACGGCGUUAGCCAAUCGUAUUUGUCCAUUUAUGCUUCACCCUGACCUGUGGCUGGCCCUGAUGCAGCAGCGCCUCCUGCUGGACGGCAACAGGAACUCAACCCCAGGAGCUGGAAUGACAGAAAGAGAGCAAAUAUGAAUAUUUUAUUUUUGGUUUAUCAAGGUGAUAAUUUAUUUUUUUAUUGUACCUUUGCCCAUGUGUGCGGGUAAAUGUUUUGUCUUUUACAUGUCUCGCCCCUAAAUGUAUAAAAUGUAAAGAAACGUAAGUGGAUCAGAGGCACGGUGUGUGAAACGUCAGGAGCAGUAUUAUUUGUUUCCAGACUUCAGACUGUGGUGGAGCUGUUGCUCUGGUGGGAAGCUCUGUUCAACGUGUGUGUGUGUGUUAGGAAAAAAAAAAAAAAAAAAACGUAGACGCCAUCUUUAGUCUUUGGUUUGUUUCACUUCACAUUUAAGGAGUUGGUUAAAGAACUGCAUGCACAUCAACGUCCUCAUGUUUGAGUCACCGUGUUACGGUCCUCUCAGAUCAUGGAUAUUAGCCUCUCAGCGACUGAUUGGACUUAUUUAGCAGCAUUUUCUGCAUCUGACAUCAUCCUGACUGUUUGUUAGAGCAGUGAAAGUAAAUGAGAUUAAAUCUUUCCAGAA